UAGGGCCACUGAUUUGGCGUGAAAAAUGAGGUCUGUUAUUUUUAUAUAAAUAGGAAUAUUGGUUUGAUUUUUUUUUCAUUCAUCAAAUCAUCUUCUCAAGAACAAUUAUCAAUAUGCGUGCCUUCUCUAUCUUAGCUACUGUCACCGCUUUCGCUCUCUCUGUCAACGCUGCUUCUCAAAACAAGCGUGCCAUCAGUGACAAUGUCCAAAGCUGUAUCAACAACUUGACUACUUCCAAUGCUAAGCUUUUGGAGCUCACCUCUGCUGUCAAUAGCUUCACUAGUGCUUCUGGUUAUGCUGGUGCAACCGCCAUCCACAACACUGAACAAGCUCUUGAGGCUCUCCUCAAGACCACCAACACUGCUUGUUGUGCUACCACUACCACUGUCUCUAACGAAGAGGCCUCUGCUGUCUUUGGUCUUGUUGCUGAUAUUGUUCCCGAUAUUACUGGUUCUCUUGAUGCCAUCAUUGCCAAGAAGCCUGACUUUGCUGCUGUCGCUUUCGCUACUGCUAUUGUCAAGACCGAUGUUAAGGCUUUAUCUGUUCUUCUCAAGAAAUUAGAUGGUUGUUUGAUCGCUGUCACCCCUGAAGCUCUCCUUGCAAGUGCUCAAGCUUAUAUCGAUACCAUUGAUGCCAAGUUUGCCCAAGCUUUCUCCACUUACGGUAUCACCGCUUAAGUAAUUUUUCUUUUUGACAAUCUAUAAUAUAAAUAAAUAUAAUAAGCAAUCUUUGGUUGGUUUAGCACAUUAA